CCUCCUUCAGGGACUGGGAGACAGCCCGCUAACAUGGGCAUGUUCUCUGUUUGCCAACCUUUUGUUGUUAAUCUUGGGGGAUUUGUCAGAGAAAAAGACAAGGAUUGUACAAACUUUUUAUGAUGGACAGUUUUGUCUUGUUGAAAGGUAAUCUCUUUCUUGUUGUACUGGAAGGGCAAGUGAGCUGAGACUCUUUUCUAGAAUAGGCUAAACACAAUUAUGCACCAAGCCUAAGGCAAAACCACUUAACCACGUGACUAGGUUGAUUCUCUUAUUCAGUAAGGAUUACAAAAAGGUAAAGUCUUGUGAAGUGUAUGGUUUUAGUCUCAAGUUGGACCUCAAAUUCCCUGGGAAGAAGUAGACCGCUAACGUGUCAAGAAUAAGACAGAAGAGUGCAUCUUUGCCAGCCAUCCUGCCACACCAUGGGAGACAAGUCUGGUGGAAAAGUAGCGGCUGCAAUGAACCGGAUCCAGGUGGUGAAGGGUUUGGAGGAUCUGGAGGUGUGUGAGAGUGACAGCUGUGCGUUCGAAGUGACCCUCAGUCUGGCCUACAUUGAUGGCCUCUGGUCGAAGGACGGUGUCAGACUGAAGUCUAAGCCCACAUGUCGUAUCAGCGCCCAUGGGAAGCGACACACCCUGGAGCUAACCCGGGUGAUCAUAGGAGACACUGGCUUGUUCUCCUUCCAGGCUGAUGGAGUGCAAAGUUCAGGCAGACUUACAGUCACAGCCAGAGACAUCAAGAUCGUGAAAGAGCUGGAGGAUGCUAACGUGAUGGAGCGUCAGAGCGUGUCCUUCCUGUGCAAGGUCAACUUUGAGGAUGUGGACGGACGCUGGUACAGAGACAGCAGCCGGAUCAGACCCAGCGACAACAUCAAGAUCAGACACGACGGUAAAACUCACACCAUAAGCUUCAAGUCUGUGAGACCAGAGCAUGCUGGGGAGAUACGCUUCACGGCGGACAGAGUCUCCUCUUACGCAACCCUCACAGUAAAAGAGCUGCCAGUGCAGAUAGUAAAACCUCUGAGGGUGAAGAUUGCCAUGUAUCGUCACCGCGGGUUACUGGAGUGCCAGGUGUCCCGACCGAAUGCUCAGGUGAAGUGGUUCAAGAACCAGAAACAGAUCCAGCCCAGCAGGAAGUACCAGUUGAUCGCCCAGGACGUGUACCGCCAGCUGACCAUUGAUGACGUGUGCUCGUCCGACGAGGACACCUACACAUGUGAUGCAGCAGAUGACAAGACCUCCUGCCAGCUGCUGGUGGAGGAGACGGCCAUUAGCAUCGUGCGCGGCUUGAGCUCUGUGGAGGUGAUGGAGCCAGAGCCUGCCCUGUUCCAGGUAGAGACCAACCUGCGCUCGGGGAGGCCCCCCAGGUGGACCCUGAAGGAGAAGGUUCUAGAAAGCAGUUCCGCUGUGCAGAUAGACAGACAGGGCACCCUCCACCGCCUCUGCCUCUCCUCCACUGACAGCUCCAUGUCGGGUCCCGUUCAAUUCACUGCCGGCAAGAGCCGCUCCACUGCACAGCUCACUGUAAAGGAGCGCCCCCUACAGGUGCUACAGCCCAUGGCGGACAUGGAGGUGAAGGAGAACAGCUCGGUGACACUGAGCUGUGAGUUUGCCCCAUCCCCCAGAGUGGUGCGCUGGUUCAAGGGGCGCACCGCCCUGAAGAACUGUGGGAAAUACAGCAUGAGGAGGGAGAGGAGCCGGGCAGAGCUGACCAUCCAGGGGGCGAGUGCUGUGGACGGGGGUCAGUACCGCUGUCUGGCAGGAGGAGCCCAGAGCACAGCGACUGUCACUGUGGAAGUUCGAAGAUUAAGGAUCGUCAAGCACCUAGAGAGCAUGGAGGUGGAGGAGGAGAACAGCGCCACAUUUGCCUGUGAGCUCAACUAUGUCGUGGCUGAUAUGCAGUGGCUUCUCAACAACAACCGCCUCUACUCAAGCCCCAUCACCAGGAUCCAGCACCUGGGCACCAUGCACAGCCUGACAAUCAAACAUCUCUCCCCCCAGGAGAGCAGGGUCACCUUUAAGGCUGGCCCAGUCACGGAGACCGUCUCACUCAAGGUCAAAGAACGCCCGUCGGUGUUCCUAAGAUCUUUGGAGGAUGCAGCAGGGGAGGAGCAAGGAAAGGUCUGCCUGCAAUGCGAGGCUUCCAAGGAGAAGGUCUCUCCUGUGUGGAAGAAGGAUGGUGUGCCACUGUCCACCAGUGCCAAACACGAGCUUCUCCACUUCUGCAAGUCCUUGACUCUAAUCGUACACAGUCUGACCAAGGAAGAUGCAGGCCAGUACAGCUGUGACCUGGGCACCAGCCAAACCAAGGCUAAGGUCACUGUUCACGACCUUCACAUCAUCAUUGUCCAGCGCAUGAAGACUGCAUCAGUCCUGGAAGGGGAGAGCUGCUCCUUCGAGUGCGUCCUCUCCCAUGAGGUCAGCGACGAGCCGAGCUGGAGCGUCAACCGCCAGCCUGUGGUCAGCAACAGCCAUCUCCAGCUGGACAGCAAGGGCCGGCGGUACAGGAUGACCGUGAGGGACGCCAAGGUGUCGGACGCUGGGGACGUGGUGUUCACCAUCAGAGAGCUCAGCUGCAGGACCAUGCUGUUUGUCAGAGAGAAGACUGUCCACGUGUUUCGAGACAUGCUGAAUGCCAGGGCCACCCCAGGGGAGGACGCAGAGCUGAGCUGUGAGAUCACCAAACCCGAAGCCACCAUCCGCUGGCUGAAGGACGGCCACCAUAUCCGAGCCAAUGCCAGGUACGAGAUCAGCGUGGAGGGGCACAUGGUCAGGCUGGUCAUCAGGAACACCACCAUCCGAGACUCUGGGGAGUACUGCUGCGAGGCAGAUGGCAUCGCCACAAGGGCCAGACUGGAGGUCAGAGAGCUGCAGCACACAUUUGCGCAGGAGCUGAAGGACACAUUGGCAGAGCAGAAGGCCAAGGCAACCCUGGAGUGCGAGACCAGGCGUCCGGCCAAGCGCGUCACCUGGUUCAAGGGCAUGUUGGAGCUGAGGGCGGGCAGGAAGUACACCAUGAGGCAGAAGGGCGUGGUCCUAUCGCUCACCAUCAGUGGCCUGGAGAGAGGCGACACGGACGUGUACACGUGUGAUGUCGGCACCAUGCAGAGCCGGGCGCUGCUGACCGUGCACGGCCAGAAGGUGCUGAUCCAGGAGGAGCUGGAGGACGUGGAGUGUCUGGAGGGGGACACGGCUGUGUUCAGGUGUCGUAUCUGUCCCAGCGACUUCAGCGGCGUUAAGUGGUACCUAGACGAGACGCUGCUCUACACCAACCAGCUCAAUGAAAUCCAGGUGGGAGUGGGCGGCUACCACACGCUGGUUUUCAGACAGCUGGCCCGCAAAGACACAGGAACCAUCUCCUUUGAAGCCGGGAGCAAGAGGUCUUAUGCUUCACUGUUAGUUCGAGAACGACGUCCCACCAUCACCAAGGCGUUGGAGGACUGCGAGGCCAUCGAGGGCGGCGGCUUGGUGCUGUGGUGUGUGACCUCCAAGCCUUGCCACAUCCUUUGGUACAAAGAUGGCUGCCUCAUGUGGAACUCGUCCAAGUACUACGCCACCCGCUGCGGGACAGAGGCCCGGCUCAAUAUCCGGGAGGUCAGCAGGAAUGACGCAGGGGUAUACGAGUGCAGCGCAGGCUCCGUCCUUACCAAAGCUGUGGUCACGGUCAGAGCCAUACCAGCCGAGUUCACCCAGAGUCUCCAGACCAUGGAGGCCAGGGAGGGGGAGAGUGUGACCUUGACCUGCGAGUACUCCCUCCCUGGGGUUCCGUACAGCUGGAAGAAGGGCCAGGAGACCCUCAGGGCUUCUGAGAAGUAUGUGAUGAAGCAGAGGAAGUCCAUCAUCUCUCUGAUCAUCACAGCCCUGAACACAGACGACUCAGGAGACUACAGCUGUUUGUGCAGAGAACACCGGACCACGGCCAGUCUCAAAGUGCACGCGAUUCCCAUAACUUUCAAACAGCAGCUGAAGAGCAUGCAGGUGGAGGAGGGAAACAGUGUGACUCUACGCUGUGAGCUGUCCAAACCUGGGGUGCCCGUGAAGUGGAUGAAAGGCGAUGAACUGCUGAAGAACGGAGCCAAGUUUCAGAUGAGGAAGAGAGACACCAUACUGGAGCUCCUCAUCUGGAAAACCGUACCUGAGGACAGCAGCGUCUACAGUUGUGUGUGUUCAGACCAGUCCACCUCCUCCACCGUCAAUGUCACUGCCCUCCCCAUCACCUUCAUACAUAAGUUAAGGAACAUCCAGAUAGAGGAGGGCAACACCGCUACUAUGCGCUGUGAGCUCUCCAAACCCGGACAUUCAGUGGAGUGGAGGAAGGGAGGGGAAGAGCUCCUUUCAAAUGGAGAGAAGUACCACAUCAGGCACAGAGAGCAGCUGGUCGAACUGAGGAUUCUUGAUGCCAAACCUGAGGACAGCGAUAUCUACACUUGCAUUUGUGGCAACAUCGAGACCACAUCUACUCUCACUGUUAACGCUCUUCCUGUGACCUUCAAACAAAAACUGAAGAACGUGCAGAUCAUCGAGGGGAACAACUUGACACUGCGCUGUGAGAUCUCCAAGCCUGGCGUCCCUGUGGAGUGGAGGAUGGGAGAAGAUCGCCUGGAAAAUGGAGACAAGUACCACAUGAAGCAGAGAGAUGCUACUGUAGAGAUGAUGAUCAACGAGGUCGUACCUGAUGAUAGUGGAGUCUACAUCUGUGUUUGCCGAGACCACAAGACCAAGGCUACAGUCAAAGUCAUCGCUUGUGAAGCCUCAUUCAAGGUAGGUCUGAAGAACCAGGAAGCAUCAGAAGGCCACAAUGUGACCCUACACUGUGAGCUUUCCAAGCCUGGAGUCCUACUCCACUGGUGGAAGGGGGAGGAGGAGGUGUCUGAGGGUCUGUUUGGAGGAAGGUUCCUGGUGAAACAAGAGGGGAAGAUAGCCGAGAUGACUAUACAGAACGUGCAACCAGAGGACGCAGGGAAAUACAGUUGUGUAACUGGAGACCAGAAGACCACUGCUGAAUUAAAUGUGAAGGGACUCCCUGUUACAUUCAAGCGAGAGCUCCAGAAGCUUUCUGUUAAAGAAGGGGACAGUGGGGCCUUCAGCUGUGAGCUCUCCAGGCCCGAAGCCCCUGUGGACUGGAGGAGAGGAAAAGUCAUCCUGAAGUCUGGAGACAAGUACGAGAUGAAGCAGGAGGGACGCAUCACCAGGCUGGUCAUCCACAACGUAGAAGAGGGGGAUGCUGGGAAAUACACCUGUCAGACCAAAGACAGCCAAUCAACAGCUGAGCUUAUUGUCAGGGGCCUACCAGCCACUUUCAAACAGCAGCUGAGGAAUCAAGAGGUUGAGGAGGGUGAUAGCGUUAUGUUGAACUGCGAGCUCUCUAAACCUGCCCCCUCGGUGGAGUGGAGGAGAGGAGAGGAGGUGCUGAGGAGUGGAGAGAAGUACCAGAUGAGGAAGAAGGACCAGCUGCUGGAGCUGAAGAUAACCAACGCCAACCUUGAGGACAGCGGACAGUACACCUGCGUUUGUGGCGAGCAAAGGACAACAGCUAGUGUCAUCGUGAAUGAGCCUCCCAUCACCUUUAUAGAGGAGCUGAAGAAUGUGAAGGUGGAGGAGGGCAACGGCAUAGCCCUGCGCUGUGAGCUGUCCAGGCCUGGAGCUCCUGUGGAGUGGAGGAGAGGCCUGGACCUGCUGGCAAACGGAGAGAGGUACCAGAUGAAGCAGAAAGACGCCGCGCUAGAGCUGCUCAUCCGGAGGAGCCUGCCCGACGACAGCGGCGUGUACACCUGCAUGUGCGCAGGCGCCAAAACCAUCGCCACCGUAGUUGUCACGGCCAUCCCAGUGGCCUUCAAACAGAAGCUUAAGAGCCAGGAGGUGUUGGAGGAGGGCAGUGUUUCCCUGCGCUGUGAACUGUCCAAACCAGGGAUCCCCGUGGCGUGGAGGAAGGGAGAAAAGAUCCUCCAGGGCCAAGACAAGUACCUCAUGAAGCAGGAGGGCAAAGUGGCUGAGAUGCACAUCAGCAAGGUCUGUCUACAGGAUGCCGGGGAAUACAGCUGUGUCGCAGGAGAAGUCAAGACCACGGCAGACAUCAAAGUGAGAGCUCUUCCCAUCACCUUCGAGCGAGAGGUCCAAAACAUGGAAGUCACAGAAGGGGACAGUGGGGCCUUCAGCUGUGAGCUCUCUAAGCCCGAAGCCCCUGUGGACUGGAGGAGAGGAAGAGUCAUUCUGAAGUCUGGAGACAAGUACGAGAUGAAGCAGGAGGGACGCAUCACCAGGCUGGUCAUCCACAACGUAGAAGAGGGGGAUGCUGGGAAAUACACCUGUCAGACCAAAGACAACCAAUCGACAGCUGAGCUCACUGUCAGAGCUCCUCCAGUGACUUUCAAGGUGAAACUGAAAAACCAGGAGGUUGAGGAGGAGAACAGCGUGACCCUGCACUGUGAGCUCUCCAAACCUGGACUCGCCGUAGAGUGGAGGAGAGGGGACGAGCUGCUGAAGAAUGGAGUCACGUACCAGAUCAAGAAGAGAGACGCCACUGCGGAGCUGGUCAUCAGGAAAGCGUCUGUCGGGGACAGCGGCGUCUACAGCUGUGUCUUCGCAGACAUAAGAACCGCAGCGACAAUCAAAAUCACCGCCAUCCCCCUCACCUUCAAGAUGGGGCUGAAGAACCAGGAGGCCCCAGAGGGGGGCAAUGUGACUCUGUGCUGUGAGCUGUCCAAGGCGGGUGUACCCGUGCUGUGGUGGAGGGGCGAGGAGGAGAUAAGCUCCGGGGGCAGGUACCAGAUGAUGCUAGAGGGGAAGGUGGCGGAGAUGCACAUAAGGAACAUUCAGCCGGAGGACGUGGGCGAGUAUAGCUGCAUUUUUGGAGAUCAGAAGACCACUGCUGAGGUCAACGUUAGAGCUGCUGCGUCCGUGUUCUUCGAGAAGGAGCUGGAGAGCCAGGAGGUGACGGAGGGAAAGUCCGUCUUGCUGUCCUGCGAGAUCUCCAGUGCCAACGUCCCAGUCACCUGGAAGAGAGGCAGCAGGCCGGUCGAAGAGGGAGACAGGUUUACCGUGAGGAAGAAGGGCCGUGUGCACACGUUACAAAUCACAAAGUUGCGCCUGGAGGAUGCUGGGGAAUAUAGUUGCAUCACCAGGGGGAAGAAGACGGUGGCCACUCUGAUUGUGAGAGAGCGUGUGCGAAUUCUAUCUGGGCUGAGUGACAUGACGGUGACUGCCGGUGAGGACGCGGUGUUCACGUGCGAGCUGUCUGUCGCGGGCAUGAAUGAGGCGGCGUGGUGGCUCGGCUCCAGCCCGCUGCAGAAGAACGAGAUGAACCAGAUGAUGUGUGAGGGUCACCUGCACACCCUAGUGCUGACCAUGACCACCCCGGAGGAGACCGGCACGGUGGCCUUCGUGGUCGGGGAGGAGAGGACCUCUGCACGCCUGCUUGUGGUCCCCAAACCUAUGGUCUUGAUUGAGGAGAAACCGAAGGAUGUCGACGCGACUGAGGGAGAAACGGCUGUGUUCUCCUGUAUAACCUCUGACCUCACCACCCCGGUCACCUGGCGCUGCAACAACGUCCCACUCCUGAUGGGAGACAAAUACGAGACACAGAAGGAGGGCCAAAGAAACCUCCUGCUCAUCCACCAGGUGGAGGUAGAAGACGCAGGGAUAUACUCCUGUGACACCGGAGACAUGCAGAGUCGAGCCAGCCUCACUGUCACAGAGCUGCCUCCCUGCUUCCAGGAGCAGCUACAGAGUGUCGAGGCUGAGGAGAGGGGGACAGCCUUCCUGUACUGUGAGUUGUCCAAAACAGGGAUCCCAGUACAGUGGAGGAAGGGCAGACUACCUCUGAAGGCCAGCAGGAAGUAUGAGAUGAAGCAGGAUGGAGGAGUGUUCCAGCUCCACAUCCACUAUCUUACCAUGGACGACAGUGGCAGCUACACCUGUCUGGCAGGGGGGGUGGAGACCACGGCCUCCGUGGAAGUCAAGGAGCUGCCUCCCUGCUUCCAGGAGCAGCUGCAGAGUGUUGAGGCUGAGGAAGGGGGCACAGCCUUCCUGCACUGUAAGCUGUCCAAGCCGGGGAUCCCAGUGCAGUGGAGGAAGGGCAGACUACCUCUGAAGGCCAGCAGGAAGUAUGAGAUGAAGCAGGAUGGAGGAGUGUUCCAGCUCCACAUCCACCAUCUCACCAUGGACGACAGUGGCAACUACAACUGUCUUGCAGGGGGGAUGGAGACCACGGCCUCUGUGGAAGUCAAGGAGCUGCCUCCCUGCUUCCAGGAGCAGCUACAGAGUGUCAAGGCUGAGGAAGGGGGCACAGCCUUCCUGAACUGUAAGCUGUCCAAACCGGGGAUCCCAGUGCAGUGGAGGAAGGGCAGACUACCUCUGAAGGCCAGCAGGAAGUAUGAGAUAAAGCAGGAUGGAGGAGUGUUCCAGCUCCACAUCCACCAUCUCACCAUGGACGACAGUGACAGCUACACCUGUCUGGCAGGAGGGGUGGAGACCACGGCCUCCGUGGACGUCAAGGAGCUGCCUCCCUGCUUCCAGGAGCAGCUGCAGAGUGUUGAGGCUGAGGAAGGGGGCACAGCCUUCCUGCACUGUAAGCUGUCCAAGCCGGGGAUCCCAGUGCAGUGGAGGAAGGGCAGACUACCUCUGAAGGCCAGCAGGAAGUAUGAGAUGACGCAGGAUGGAGGAGUGUUCCAGCUCCACAUCCACCAUCUCACCAUGGACGACAGUGGCAACUACAACUGUCUUGCAGAGGGGAUGGAGACCACGGCCUCUGUGGAAGUCAAGGAGCUGCCUCCCUGCUUCCAGGAGCAGCUGCAGAGUGUCGAGGCUGAGGAAGGGGGCACAGCCUUCCUGCACUGUAAGCUGUCCAAACCGGGGAUCCCAGUGCAGUGGAGGAAGGGCAGACUACCUCUGAAGGCCAGCAGGAAGUAUGAGAUGAAGCAGGAUGGAGGAGUGUUCCAGCUCCACAUCCACCAUCUUACCAUGGACGACAGUGACAGCUACACCUGUCUGGCAGGAGGGGUGGAGACCACGGCCUCCGUGGAAGUCAAGGAGCUGCCUCCCUGGUUCCAGGAGCAGCUACAGAGUAUCGAGGCUGAGGAAAGGGGCACAGCCUUCCUACACUGUAAGCUGUCCAAACCGGGGAUCCCAGUGCAGUGGAGGAAGGGUAGACUGCCUCUGAAGGCCAGCAGGAAGUAUGAGAUGGCGCAGGAUGGGGGAGAGUUCCAGCUCCACAUCCACCAUCUCACCAUGGACGACAGUGGCAGCUACACCUGUCUGGCAGGGGGGGUGGAGACCACGGCCUCCGUGGAAGUCAAAGCAUUGCAUGUGCCAGAGAAGCCAGAGCCGACCCAGACAGUGUCACCUGUGGAAGCAAAGCUCCCCCCUCACACAGUUGACCAGAAGAGAGACCUACCCCCUGUAGCUGAGCCUAAGAAACGAGCCACAAUGACCAGGGCAGCCACUGUAGACUCAGAGGAAGACUUGAAGCCUAACCCAGAGCGUGUGAACGAACCAGCCACGGAGAAAGAAAUGGAAAUUGACCAAAAGGUGAAGCGGCCCACAAAAUCGUCGGAGCCAGAUAUUGAAGUGGACUUGAAGGUGAAAUCGGCAAAGUAUGCCGGCCGAGAGACAGAAGCAGGUCGAAAAGUGAAUCUGUCAGCCAUGUCAAGAAAAAAAGAGAGUGAUAUAGACCAAGAGGAAAAAACCCCUGUGACAUCUGUGCAGCAACAGCCACUGCAGGAUGAAACAAAGGAUGCUGAAGAGGGCCAAAAGGAAAAUUUGACAUUGAUACCCCCUGUAAGGACUAAACGGAAGUCUUCUGUCGACAGUGGGUCAAACCAGCUAUCACCAACUGUGGUAGAUACUUCUGAAGAAAACCAAAGAGAAAAACAGCUAUUGAAACCACCUGCAAGGACCAAACGGAGGGGAUCUGAAGCUAAAGAACCAGUGCUUUCUAACAUGGAAAGUGGAGAGACGCAGCCAUUUAAGGACAGGAUGAAGAAGAUAGAGAAGGAUAAGAAAGAAAAACAGGCACUACAAACUGCCAUCGAUAACACAGCAGUAGACCAGAAAGAUGAUUUUCCAUUAAAACCCCCAACGCCAACUAAACAAACAGGAUCUGAAGUGAAAAAAACGUCUCUGUCCAAAAGGGAGGAGAGCCAGCCAUGGAAGCCUACGAUGAAAGAGUCUGAAUCGGAUCAGAAACAGCCCGCGAAACAGCCAGCAGAGUCAAUAUGGAAGGAUCCUGUCAUCAGGGAGAAGGAGGAACUGCCAGUCAGCUCCACAAAAGCAGAAAAGGAGCAACCUAAAAUGGAGGAGGACACUCCCCAUCUCUCUGUCUCAGGGGGAGAGCCCUCCUCUGAAUUAUCCACUAAGUUAGUUGGGAACAAGAGCAGAAGCCAACAAGUAUCUCAAAUUGCUGAAAUGUUGUCUCUCUCCAACCUUGCACCCUGCAAGGAGCACCAGGAGAUCCAACAAGCUGCGGAGCACACCCAAGACAUGGACAUUAGUGUGGAGGACGAGCCUGAGAUGCUGGAGGCUGCUAUUAAGAUUCAAGCUGCUUUUAAAGGCUACAAGACGCGCAAAGACAUGCAACCCACAUUCAAGGAGGCGUUCAAAAACCAGACUGCAGAAGCUAAAGGUACCAUUAACCUAAAGUGUAUUGUAGAAGGUAAGCCCACAUCGGUACAUUGGCUGAAGGAUGGCCAGAAAAUAAAAAACAGCAAAUGGCAUACCAUUAGCAUGUCGGAAGAUGGAGUUUGCUCAUUGGUGAUCUCAAACCUCACAGCCCAAGACACCGGUGUGUAUACAUGUGAGUUGGUCAACAAGUUUGGUGUAACUUCAUAUAACGGGAAUGUGAUGGUCGGGAAGGUUCAGCAUCCUGUUCCGACCACCCAGCCUCUGCAUCCACCUCUGGCUGCCAUCACUGCACUGAAGCCUACCCAGUUCCUGCCCCAGGCCCAGCCUCAGCCCCAACCCAAACCUCAACUUCAACCUCAACCUCAAACCCAGCCCCAGCCCCAGCCUCAGCCUCUUCCCCAACUCCAUGUGUCAACCUCGGGGAACAAGACCAUGGGUUCUGUGGAGAGUGAGGGCCUCUCACUGUGGCAGGCCUAUAGCCUGACUGAGGAGGACGCCAGCAUGAGCCUGCAGGAGAGAAGAAGGGCUUCUCUCAUUGCCAUCAGCUCCAUGUCCAGUCCCUCUGACUACGAUACUGCUCCAGAUGUUGUUGAGCCAGUUGACACCAGUCCCAAAGUUAGUCUAACUCGGGAAGUUAUGAAGAAAGAGGAUAAAGAGGAUAAGCAACUUAGUUCUCCACCUCAACCUCCGAAAAGGCAUUUAAAAGUCAAAGGUGCUCUGGACGCCAGAUUGAAGACUCCGUCCCCCAAACACCUCCGUGCCCACACCCCCACAGCCCUCACCUGCUCUGGGUCCGAGUCAGAUGGAGAUGAGGAUCGAGCAGAGAUGUUUGAUAUCUACGUGGCUCGAGCCAACUGCAGCCCAGUCGGAGGCAGUAAGGAGAGCGUGGUGCUGAAGGAAGGCCAGUACGUGGAGGUUCUGGACUCAGUCCAUCCUGACAGGUGGCUGGUGCGGACAAAGCCCACCAAGAAUACUCCCUCGCGUCAGGAAUGGAUCUCCCCCGCAUACCUGGAGAAGAAAAUGAAGGAGAUGUUCCCACCACUAAGGCCUCCUGUUCAGGAUCUGGAUGGAACUGGUUAUUCUGGAGAGGUAUACAGGAAGACAGUCAGCCAAUUGAUUCAAGGUCUCAUUGAUGGAGAGAAGGAGUUUGUAAAGGAGAUGAAGGAGUUCAUGUCUCAUCACCUACACAACCUAGAGACCGGCUCUCAAGUCCCCCUCGAUGUUCUCAAACAAAAAGACGUUGUGUUCCGCAACAUUAAAGACAUUGUUACUCUGCAUGACAGAUGUCUGUUACCCAGUCUGGGUGAGUGCUUCACAGAUGAUGAUGUGGCCAUGCACCUGAUCAAGCACGCUGAGCAAUUUGAGAAGUACCUCCAGUACAUGGCUGGCCAGACACAAGCUGAGGCCUGUGUUACCGACAAACCUUUCCAGCAAUACUUAAAGCAAAACACGGUGGGGAUGGAGGAUGUUGUCACAUUCCUACAAAGACCAGUGGAGAGGAUUCAGACCUAUCAUGCCUUACUCAAGGAGUUGAUCAAGAACAAGGCUAAGACUGGAAAGAGCUGUGGUCUGCUGGAGGAUGCCUUCUCCAUGGUGUCCUGUCUGCCCUGGAGGUCUAACAACGUGCACCAGGUCUCCCUCAUAGAGAGCUACCCUGCUCCUCUCUCUGCCCUGGGAGAGCCCCUCCGACAGGGUGCAUUCACCGUGUGGGAGGAGUCGCCGGAUGUUAAAACACCCUCCAGGGGGCACCAGAGACAAGUGUUCCUCUUCAAGGACUGUGUCAUCUUGUGUAAGCCAAGGAGGGACGCCAGUAUGAACACUGACACCUAUGCCUUUAAGAACAAGAUGAAGCUGAAUGAUGUGGAAGUGAAGGAGAUGGUGGAGCAAGAUGAGAGGUCAUGGGGCUUGUGGCACGAGCACAGAGGCUCAGUCAGAAAGUACACGCUGCAGGGCCGCUCGGCCCCGCUCAAGCUCUCCUGGCUCAAAGACUUCCGAGAGCUGCAGCUACGCUCCAGACAGCCCUCCUGCAGUCCACCUGAGUUUGAAGUGCAUCUGUUUGACCUUACUGCAAAACUCAGUCAAACUAUAAAACUGACCUGCAAGGUUAAUGGGAAUCCCAAACCAGUGGUCAGCUGGUUGAAAGACGGUGUGGCUCUGGAGGAUGAUUCACAUCACAUCCUCAGCGCUGACCAAGGCGGCUCCUGCUGUCUCAUCCUGGAUGGCGUGAUCCUAGACGACUCAGGCCAGUACGUCUGCUCUGCCUCCAGUUCCCUGGGCCGUGCCAGCACGCUGGCCACAGUCAUGGUGGAGGGGCCUCCCAGAUUUGUCACCAGGAUACAGAGUGCCUGUCUCCUGGAAGGUGAAGACAUCCAGUUCACCUGCUCCACAACAACCACACCUCUACCAAACAUUAGGUGGUUGAAAGAUGGCAAAGAGCUGGUUGACCAGAAGAAGUACCUCAUGCAGAGUGAUGCUCGCAGUGGAAUCCUGACUUUUACCAUCCUAAACCCUGUCGAGACAGACCUCGGCUUCUACGAGUGCAAGCUGUGGAAUGAUCUUGGCUGUGUCAAGUGUACAGCAGACCUGUGCCAUCCUUUCACGCCAUCAAUCAACGAUGAGACGGACCAAUCCCCCAAAGAUGCCGAUGCAGAAGGCUGGUCCGCUGCCAUGGUGAAAAAAUGGCUUCAGACAGACUUCAACCCCACCUCUGUCUGCAAAAUGCUCUUCACGCCAGGAUACCCAGCACACACUGAGCUUAGUCCUGAGAAAACCGGCCUUGCCAGCCUGGAACAGGUGGACGAGUCUCACACACACCUUCAUGAGGAACAGGAGGACCUCUCCUUCUACGAACCCACACAGGACAUGCCCGGAGCCUCUCCCUCCAUCCAGGUUCCUAUGGAGGAUCUCUGUGUGGAAUCUGGUCAACUGGCAACCUUCACGGCUAUCAUCACAGGACGGCCCACCCCUCUCAUACAGUGGUACAAGGAUGGGGAGGAGCUGUCGGCAAGUGACGGUGUGGAGUUGACACAACGUGGCGCCCGUUGCUCGGUCACGGUGCUCUGCCCGGAGCGGGAGGAUGGUGGCAUCUACACCUGCUUUGCCUACAACGAGUCUGGGCAUGCCUCCUGCCAAGCCCAACUCACUAUGGAGGAGGGUCAACUGGAGUUUCAGGACAGGGAGGUGGAACUGGGGAAAAGGAGGAAGCUAUACUCUGUCUAUGACGUCCAUGAGGAAAUAGGGAGGGGUACAUUUGGUGUGGUGAAGCGUGUGGUCCAUAGGAGAACAGGGGAGGGCUUUGCUGCUAAAUUCCUCCCCUUGAAGACCUCCACCCGGACCAGAGCUUUCCAGGAAAGGGACCUACUGUCCAGACUCGCCCACCCCAGAGUGGCCUGUCUGCUGGACUUCUUCUGCACACGACGCACCCUAGUCCUGGUCACAGAAGUCUGCUCCGCUUAUGGUCUCCUGGAUCAUUUGUUGAUGAAGGGAUCAGUCAGCGAGAGAGAAGUUCAAAUGUACAUUCAGCAAGUACUGGAAGGUGUUGGUCACAUCCACAGCAUGAAUAUCCUACAUUUGGACAUGAAACCAGAGAACAUCCUGAUCGUUUUCCCACCCAGAGAUGAGAUCAAGAUCUGUGACUUUGGCUUCUGCCAGGAGAUGGAUUCCUCCAGACACCAAUACAGCAAGUUUGGUACCCCAGAAUUUGUGGCUCCUGAAAUUGUGCACCAAGAACCUGUGACUGCAGCUACUGAUAUCUGGUCUGUGGCUGUUGUGGCAUAUUUAUGUUUGAUGUGCCGGUGCCCGUUUGUGGGGGAGACGGACCGUGCCACGUUGCUGAGGGUGGGGGAGGGGAUUCUGAACUGGGACGCCCCCGACCUCACCUCCAGGAGUCCCCAGGCCCAGGAUUUCCUUCGCCAGGGGUUGCAGCCAGACCCAGAAAAUCGUCCAACUGCUUUUGAAUAUCUGGGCCAUAAAUGGUUUCAGGAUGAGUGUGGAGAGAACGAUACCAAUGCAAUCAACACAAAAAACCUGAAAGUCUUCAUAUCAAGGAGGAAAUGGCAGCGCUCUCUCACCUGCUUGGGCUCCGUGCUGACCCUGAGGCCAAUCACUGAGCUGCUGGAUUCUUCUCUCCAUGAAGCCUCCAUAACAAUCCCGCGGGAGCCCCAGGACCCCAGCAGCACCUCCCUGAGCAGUGGCUCCUCCUCGGAGUAUGACGAGGCAGACUCCUGGGACUUCUUCCAGCGCUGCAGUCCCACCGAGGAGGAAGAGGAGGAGGACGAAGACUACGACCCUCUCAUGGAGAGAGCCAGGAUCCCGGAGCCCUUCGCCAAACUCCGGAUGGGGGAGGAUGAAGAGGAGGAAGGGACAAUGGGGGAAGUGGAGGAAGACGGAGAAACGGCCGGGCGGAGGAGCGCAUUGGAGAGCCGUCAGUCGGGCGGCUCGUCAGACCAGUCUCUGCAACAGACACCUUGCCGAGACAGCAGCCCAUCUCUCUACCUGUCGGAGGGUGAUGAAGGUUCCGGAAGCGAAGGCGGGCGCAUCCCAAGGGGCAGCCUCAUCCGCAGCACCUUCUACACAAGCUCCCAGCAGCUGUCGCCCAUGUCGGCCCGCCACAUGACCCUCAGGGACAAGUUCCAGGUCAAGAAGCAGGAGAGAGGGCGCAAGCCGUUGCGAUCCAGCCUGUCGGGACGUCUCAACGAGCCCCUCAUCGAGUACGUGGAGGAAGAGACAGACACCCACCGCACCCAGAGAAGAGGCUCACUCCAGUCCAGCAUGCUGAAGUCCUCCUCCUUCGAUAGCGGUGUGGGCCUCUCCCACCCCAACGCUCCACCGCACAGGAGGAGCAGGUCCCUAGAUGAGUACUCGAGACGUUCCCAAGGCUACCCAAAGCACCAAGACCCCUUGGAUGAAGACGAAACUCAGAGUCUAAAAGAGGAUUUUACAGACGAUGAGAAGACCGUGGUGGUACCUCCAAUAAGGCCCAAGAGAAGAGGGUCUCUUGCUUUUGCGCCGAUUAAACCAAGGGCCAGCCUGGAAAAGUCAACACUCCGUCCCAGGCCAGGGCAGGAAGAGGAGUUAGAUAACUUAGCUGGCUCUCAGGCGUCUCUGAUGUCCCUGGUGCUGGACCAGGACACGGAGGCCUCCAGCAUACUGGGCUCCUGUGAGGAGCUGAGUCACAGACACCCUGUAUCGCCAGACACACUGGGAGACAGGGAGAAAUACGAUGAGCAGGAGGAACCCCUAAUCAGCCCAUCUCCCUGUUCCCUCCUGCUAGGCUCAGAGACUGACGAGGAGCAAAACUACAAGGGUGGCCGUCUUCAGGUCCCGCCCAGAACCACCAAACACCCAGGCAAAAACCCGGUUGCCAGGUCUGUGAGUCCCAUCCCCAUCCCAAGUCCUUCCCUCCGUGCCCCGCAGAGACCACCAAGAGCGAAGGAUUCCAGGGAAGGCCUCCAGAGGCACGCGUCGGCCCCAGCCCUUGAUGUCAAACCGCCCACGGGGAAGUCUCCCAAGCUCGGCCUGCUGAAAAUCUUCCGCAGGCAGUCAUGGACGGGUCAUUCCUACUCCCAGCUAGACAGCUCCGAGCUGGGGCCUACUCUGGGGGAAAUCAUGAGUCCUUCCACACCGACCAUGUCCCUCAGGAAGAAGAUGAGGGCUUCAGCCUCCAGUCUUACCAAGCUUUUCACCAGAUCCUCCAGUAAGGAGGACCUUCAGAGUGGAGGGCCAAUCGUGAAAGGAUCUGCCCAUAUCCCGGCCGAGAAAGAACCAAGCCCCGGUCUGGAGAGUCCUAAGAAGAAGGCUGCCAAACUCCUAUCCAAACUCAAAAUACCGGGAUUCAAGAAGAGUAAAGAACUGCCGGUACGCCCAUGCAGACCUGAUGUGAUCCAUUUGGAAGGAGGUGGAUUGUUUUUGGUCUGGAGACCAAUACAGUCCAGUGAUCCUGCUGUGUACUGUUUACAAUAUUGCACAGAUGGUGGGGACUGGAAGGUGCUGUGUGAUGAUGUGACAGACAGCUGCUAUGUGGUGAAAAGCUUACCCAGGGGAGCCGGCUAUAUCUUCAGGGUGGGCUACAUCACCAAGACAGGGACUGGACCCUUCAGCGACUCCUCACAGCCAGUGGUUAUGGCUACACAUCCUGAAGAGAGCCAUAUUCCCCUCAUCCAGACUGAGUCUCCAGAGACUAAGACAGCAGGGUCGGGAAGUCAGCCGUCCCACAAGACCUACACCUUUCUCUCGGAGAUCAACAGGGGUCGGUUCAGCGUGGUGACACAGUGUCAGGAGGAGGAGAGCAGGCAGCUGUUUGCAGCCAAAAUCACCCCGUACGGGCCAGAGCAGAGGCAGCUGGUGCUGAGGGAGUACCAGCUGCUGAAGAGGCUGCGCCACCCCCACCUGGUGCAGCUGCAUAAGGCCUUCAUCACCUCGCGCUGUCUGGUCCUCGUGGAAGAGCUGUGCUCAGGCCAGGAGUUGCUCCAUAGCCUGGCGGAGAGAGAGCUGUACGCAGAGGUGCAGGUGGUGGAGCUGCUGUGUCAGAUCCUCAGUGCCGUGGACUACCUGCACGGCCGUAGAGUUGUCCACCUGGACCUGAAGUCAGACAACAUGGUGGUGACUGGCUCCAACAUGCUGAAGAUCAUCGACCUGGGGUCUGCCCAGCCCUUCACGCCUGGACAGGCCCUCAACAUCGAACACAUUCAAGGCCUGUCUGACAACAAAGAAAACCGCAGCAAAGUUUACAUUGUCCUUCCUAAAGCUCCGGAAAUUCUGGAGGGCCAUGGAGUUGGACCUGAGACGGAUAUCUGGGCUGUUGGAGUUUUGACUUUUAUCAUGUUGAGUGCCGACAGCCCUUUCCACUCGGACCUCAACUGGGAAAGGGACAGAAACAUCCGGAAGGGCAAGAUCCAGUUCAGCCGCUGUUACCCGGGCCUGUCAGAGGGAGCCAUCACUUUCCUAAAGAACACCAUGAACAGCAAGGCUUGGGGAAGACCCACGGCAGCAGAGUGUCUCCAGAACCCGUGGGUGCGUGGGGAGCGGAUGCCCUCCACACCCAGGGACUCCAUGGUGUGCUUCUCCACAGACAAACUGAAGACCUACCUCAAGGAGCGGGAGGCGAAACGAGACCAGGUACGCACCAAGCUGCAGGGGCCCUUCUUUCAGUGAUUCAGAGGAUAAAGACAAAGACUGACAUGUGUCGUGUGGAAACGUGUACAAAUGUAUCAGAUAAUAUCCUGAUUGCAGAACUGGGAUGUGUCUUACAAGGGAAACUGUAUCUGGGUGUGCAUUUACUGAAUUAUUAACAUCAUAUCAGGGAAAAUGUGAAGUAUUCUGUGCCAUGCUGUUGCUUGUGUGAGGUAGAAUUCAUGGAGUUUCGGACAAUGAUGUUCAUUUUCGCCUUAAAAAAAAAUUCUGGCUCAUUUAUUUACAGAGCCCGUAUGCUAAAUGUGACUUGUGUUUUGAAAAAUAGCAAGGGGAUUAAGCAUCACACGUAUGUUCUUGUCCUAAAUUACAUUUUGAGUGAACAUUGUUGAAGAAUUUCACAUGAACUGUCUUAUUGUGUACAAAGGAGGAUAUGAACAAAUGUUUUUUGAGAAAUAGACAAUACGUAUAAUUGAUUAAGUAUUCAUGCACCUUACUAAAGGCAAUAUAUGUAUAUGAUAUAAUAUGAAUGGACUGAACAAAAGCCAAAUAAAACAGAAAGAGUGGUGAAAUUA